AUGGAGUCCAGACCCAUAUCAGAAUUAUCAAACAGUCAAAUAGCCGAACUCUUCAACAAGUCGUUCGAAGAUUACAUCGGAACCUUGGUCAACUUCACCGCCGAGUCAAUGUCCAACUACAUAACUCUGAAUUACCUCUCCAAGGCUCACAGCCAUGCUUUCUACGGUUCAGACAAUCCCGACGAACCCAUCGGCUUCGCCCUCAUCGCCAUCCGCCCAGACAAACCCACAGAGACCCGUCUCGGCGCCAUGGGCAUAGUCAAGGCCUCUAGGGGCAAGGGCGUGGGACCAAAAGCCCUGAAGAUGGUUUUUGACGCUGAAAAGGCUCGCGGCAUGUCCACCGUGGGAUUUGAAUGUAUACAGCAGAACGCGCCGGCCGUCAAGAUGUACACUAAUGCCGGAUGCAUCAUCACCAGAGAGCUACUGGGGUGGCAACAUACUCCCCGCCAAGGAGAAUUCCCAGCAGAUUCGGAACCGAAGCCAUGUUCAUUUGAGGAGGUUGAUGCGCUGGUCAAGACUUAUGCGGCAGGAGAUUUACCCUGGCAGGCGUGGGGGUUUGACAAAACCCCUGAAACUAAUAGGGCCUUUCGAUUGGGCGAUGCGUAUUGUGUAGUGACUGAUCCAGAGGACAAAGAGAAGGAUACGGUUAAACUGGCAUGUUUAAUUGUUGCGCCGCAAUCUCGGAGGAAAGGCGAGGCAACGAGGCUUGCGAAGGCCAUGAUGGGACGGUUCCCGGAGAAGAAGUGGAUGGUACCGCCCAUCUUCCCCAAGGAGUAUGGGCAAGGACUGGCCAAGAAGCUGGGCUUUCAGAAAACUGAACUCACGCAGUAUCAGUUGGAGAUGGUGUUGAGUUGA